AAGAAAGGCGGUGUGUUUAGCAUUUGUUCUUUAGUAGCUUCACCACACCAGGCCGCUGUCGCUGUGUUUGCAGCGGGCAGGUCGGUGCCAGCGACUCGGGCAGGAGCUGGUGGUUCCCAGAGCUGUCCUGGGGAUUGAGCGCUCCUGCAUUGGGCUUGGGGCUGUCUCUCGCUGGGAGCGCGGAAGCUGCGGCCCUGGGAGCUGCAUCCGCCCCGCUCUGGCUUUUUCACAAAAUGAGACAAGAAGGUAGCACCUUGCUGGUAGCCGAGGGGAACUUCUCCUUUGCUUCUGCAUUGUGUGAACGUUUGGACAGAGGCACCCAACUCAUUGCAACCUGCUAUGAAAGUGAAAAGGAAAUAUCAAAGCAUGAAAAUACAACCAAAAAUAUUGCCAAACUGUUAGAGAAAGGAGCAGAAGUCUACUUUCAAGUGGAUUGCACCAAGCUCCAGGAAUAUCCCUGCUUGAAAAGUAGGCAGUUUGAUAGGAUUAUCUUCAAUUUCCCGCACUGUGGCAGAAAGGCUGGCGUGAAGAUGAACAGAGAGCUGCUGGCUAAUUUUUUUCUGAGUUGCGCCGAUGUUCUGACUGCCAAAGGUGAUGUUCAUGUUACCCUGUGUAAGGGACAGGGAGGGACUGCUGCUGAUCAGCCAAUGAGAGCAUGGCAUAACAGCUGGCAAAUCGUUGCUAUGGCUGCAAGAGCUGGGUUCAUAUUAAGUAAAGUGCAGAUGUUUGACUGCUCACAGUAUGAUGGCUACACCAGCACUGGAUAUAGGAGUCAAGAUAAGCCUUUCCAUGUUGACCAAGCUCUGACCCACGUGUUCACGAGAAGCCUCCCCUUCAGCAAGAUAAAGCCAGUUGUCAUGGAAACCAUUAUUGGGAGUGAGCACUUCCUCUGCCAUAUCCCUGAGGAACUUGUUGAAAAGAUUAACAGGAAUUUUCUUCAGGAAGGUUCACACCAUCCCGUCAAGAAAAUUGAUGAGUUGUUGAGAAAGCAAAUUGCAGAUACAGUGAAUCUACAGGAACUGGAAGACAGCUUUCCUCUGCUGUCAAAACAGUACCUUCAGCCUGAUGGUGCCUGUGCAGAAUCUGAAGUUUGUCAAGCUGAACUUUAUUGGGUGAGCUGUUCCAAACUUCAAGAGGAUGGAUUGAGAAAUAUUGACUAUGCUGAACUGCAGUACUCUGAUGUUCCUAUGCAGAUCUUUGGAAGCAAGAGGGGACAGAUUGUGGACUACGCAAUCUUGAAACAGCUUGGCAUCCCUGGCUCAAGUGAAGAUUGCAGGAGCUACUGCCUUCGGCCUACCCUGACAGGAUAUGUUGCCGAUAUUUUGCAAAAAACGGACUUCAGAGUUGAAGUAAUUUAUGCACUCAGUGGCACGGUUUUCAGGAAGUGUCUGAUUACACCACAAACUAUGCCAGUAUUCCAUGAGAUGAUUUUGUGUAGUGCUUUCAAAAAGAAAGCAGAUUUUUUAAGUCUAUUUAUGUGCUCUGUGGAGAGGGCCAUUUCAUUCCUCAUUAAGUCAGCAUCAGGCACCGUGGACUGUAUAGAUAAAACCUUAAAUUCGAUCACUUUUGAAGAAGAGGGUAAUGGGAAAAGCUGGACUAUUCAUUUUCGACAGACGGAACACCCAGAAUUUACUGAUCUAACUGUCGCAAAAUUGGUUUGCAUUCCUAAUAAACAGGACAGUGAAUUAAAUAUCUGUGUUAUGUCAAUAAAUCUUGACCUGCUGUCCAUGGUGCUGUACCACAUAAAUGACUGGAGGAUGCUAUGGACAUUUGAUGAACGCUUCCUAGACCAGAUUAGUGCAACCGAAUUCAAACCGUUUUCUGAGUUCUCGCUCUACCCACCCACAUAUUCACAUGACAUCAGCUUCUGGGUCAGUGAGAAUGGGAAACCAGAGGAGUUGGAGCUCCAUGCACUUGUAAGGCGGGUAACCAGGGAAUCAGUGAAAGAAAUGAAGCUGAUUGACAGUUUCUUGCACACUCAAUCCAAACGUAUGAGCUACUGUUACAGGCUAAUGUACCAGUCAUGUGACAAAGCAUUGUCUUAUCAGCAAGCAUUGGAAAUGCAACUGCAUCUUAGAGUCGAACUGCAGAAACAUUUUCAAGUAACUCUUAGAUAAAAAUGAGUACUUGGACCCAUAUUAGAA